AUGAGAUUCAUGAGUAUUGAUUUGAUGAAACAUACUUCAGAAUAUAUUCUUGAGACUGGUAAAGUGCUAAAACUGUUACAAAGUAAGUCAAAUAUUGCGCGACAAAAGAUUUUGAAAAUGAUUAGCAUUGAUAAUGCAACAAAUAGUGACAAUAUUAAGAUGUCCAAAGGAAAAUGUACACAUGGUCGCUCUUCUAAUAACAGACGUAUCCAUGAUACAGAAGAGAAAGAAAAUAAAGUAUCUUUAAAGAAGCGAAAAACAAAUAAUGAUAUGAUGCUGCACUUGGCUGACAUAAAGCCUGAUCCAUGUAUUUCUCAAAAUUUGAUAUUGCAGGUAUAUAAUCCAAUUGGAGAUGAUUUUUAUAACAAUGUGCUUGGAUAUGACAUUAAUCGAUUAAUGGCUGUUUUGUUGUGUAUGAUAUCUGGAUGUUCACAGGAAUAUUGGUUUUAUGCGCCAGAAUGUGCACAACUAGCAUCAGACACUUUCAACAUUCCAAUAAUAGUAUUUGGUACAGAUUCUAAUGCAAGUUUGUCUUUCUUACCAUUUGAUCAAAAGCCUGGUCUUCGCAAAAGACCUAUUAUCCUAUAA